AUGUCAAUGCCUCCCUCACCAACGCGUGCUGUCACCCGCGACGAGGUUGCCAAGCACAACUCGGAGGGCGACCUUUGGGUCAUCAUUGACACGUUCGUGUACGACCUCUCCAAGUUUGCCAAGUUCCACCCGGGCGGACUGUCGGUGUUACUGGAUGAGGAUAUUGCUGGCAAGGAUGCGACAACCACUUUCUUCGGAUUGCAUGGCAUGGAAGUGUUGAACAAGCCGCAGAACGAUCGCAUGAUCAUUGCGCGCAUUGAGGGCGAGGAGCCUAAGAUCCGCCGUCCAGAGCCAGGCGACCUCUCGCGAGUCCCUUACGGCGAGUCCAACUGGCUCAGCCCCGCGUUCAAGAGCCCGUAUUACAACGAGUCGCACCACCGCCUGCGCAAGGACAUGCGCGUGUUCGUUGACACCAAGCUGUACCCCGAGGCCCAGGCGUACGAGGUCAGCGGCAAGGAAGCGAGUGUACAGGCUAAGCGCGACAUGGCCGAGUCGCAGCUCAACCACAUGCGCCUUGGUCCCGGCAAACACUUGCACGGCCGGACGCUCAUGGGUGGAGUCAAGGGCGAGGACUUUGACUUCUUCCACGAGCUAGUGGUCGUCCAGGAGCUUAGCCGUAUCCGCGCCAAGGGCUACUCGACUGGUGCGAUGGCGAGCAUCGCGAUCGGCCUCCCACCCGUCAUGAACUUUGGCAAGGAGCCUUUGCGCUCGCAAAUCAUCCGCGAGGUGCUGGAAGGCGAGAAGAUGGCAUGUCUGUGCAUCACCGAAGCGUUUGCGGGCUCUGACGUUUCGGGCAUCAAGAGUCGCGCUGUCCGCCAGCCUGACGGCAGCUGGAUCCUGAACGGUACCAAGAAGUGGAUCACAGGUGGCAUGUACGCCGAGUACUUCUCCGUGGCGGCCAAGACAUACGGUGGUGACUGCCCCGACGGCGCGAUUUCAAUGUUUAUUGUCCCGCGUGGCGAAGGUGUCAAGACAAAGUUCAUUCCAACCAUGUACUCGCCCUCUGCAGGAACAGCGUACGUCACAUUCGACAAGGUGCGCGUCGAGCCUGAGCAGCUGCUUGGGGAGGAGGGCAAGGGGCUGUUCAUCGUACUAUCCAACUUCAACAAGGAGCGAUGGGGCCUCAUUGCAGGCGCAGCCGCGACGUGCCGCCUCGUCACGCAAGAUUGCAUUAUGUGGGCAGCGCAGCGCGAGGUUUUUGGCAAGCCGCUACUCUCGCAGCCCGUCAUUCGCCUCAAGCUCGCCGCCAUGAUCGGCAAGACCGAAGCCGCGCAGAACUGGCUAGAAAACAUGACGUUCCAGAUGACCCACAUGGACUACAAGACGCAGGCAAAGCACUUGGCCGGUCAGCUGGCGUUCCUAAAGAUGAUGACGACCAAGUGGAUGAACGAGGUCAUCGAUGACGCGGUCCAGAUCUUUGGUGGCCGCGCCCUCACCAAGACCGGCACGGGCCGGUUCGUUGAGCGUGCCCACGCCUCCAAGAAGUUCGAGGCAGUUGGUGGAGGCUCCGAGGAGAUUAUGGGUGACCUUGGCAUGAGACAACUGAUGCGCGACCUUCCCAAGGACCAGAAGUUGUAA